CUCGAUCUUUUUUUUUAGUAUUUCAGUCUUCAAUUCUGCUGAAUCAUCAUGUCCGACCCCAAGAACCCCAACAUCCAGAGCAGAAACACGCCCCAAUGGGCGCUCUACCAGAGAGAGCUGCUCUGGAAAGAUAACACGGGAGAAGUCCCUCCAUUUAGUACCGAGCCAGGAGACCUCGAGGACCUCGCCAAGAGGAGCCUGACAAUUGGAGGAUGGCACUACGCCUCCUCGAACGCAGGACAAUCCUACACCCACCUCGCAAACCGACAGGCCUUCUACCGCCACCGAAUCAUCCCGCGCAUGCUCGUCGACACAAACACUAGGGACACAAAAACUACGAUCUUCGGGCACAAAGUCGGCGCCCCGAUUGGCUUUGCGCCUAUUGGCAUCAACAAGAUCUAUAAUCCUCUCGGCGAACUACCCGUCGCGAAAGUCGCCAAAGAACUGAAUCUACCCUACUGCUUGUCCACCGCAGGCUCAAAUCCGAUCGAAGAUGUCGGCGCGGCGAACGGAGCCGGGCCGCGAUUCUUCCAGCUUUAUAUGCCGCACGAUGACGAGCUUACGAUUUCGCUUUUGACAAGGGCACAUAAGAGCGGAUUCUCGGUGUGUAUACUGACGCUUGAUACGUGGCAGCUGGCGUGGAGGCAUCAUGAUGAGGCGGAAAGCAAUUAUGCGUUUUAUCAUGGCAUUGGUGCGGAUCUUGGGCUGUCGGAUCCGGUAUUCCAGAAGCGGAUGAAGGAGAAGGGGAUUGAUCCAAAGAAGCAGCCGAAUGAGGCGGGUGCGAUGUGGAUUGAUAACGUUUGGCAUGGAAGAGCGUGGAACUGGGAGAAGAUGCCAUGGUUGAUGGCGCAGUGGAGGAAGAUUAGUGGGAGCAAACCGUUUUGUUUGAAGGGGAUACAGAAUGUAGCGGAUGCGAGGAAGGCGGUGGAGUUGGGGGUUGAUGGGAUUGUUGUUAGUAAUCAUGCUGGACGGCAGGUUGAUGGAGCUAUCGCGAGCUUGGACGCAUUGGAGAAGAUUGUUGAUGCUGUCGGGGACAAGACCUACAUCAUGUUCGACUCCGGUGUUCGUGGAGCUGCUGAUGUCUUCAAGGCGUUGGCACUCGGCGCGAAGUUUGUCUUUGUAGGCAGACUCUGGGUUUGGGGUUUGAGCAUCAAGGGGGAACUUGGUGUCAGACAUGUGAUGAAGAGUCUGCUGGCGGAUUUCGAUAUCCUCAUGAACGUUGCAGGCUUCCAGAGCGUGGACCAGAUCACGAGGGACAGCAUCGAGAGUCUCCCGAGCUCAGCGUCGAUGAUUGCGGAGAAAUCGAGGCUGUAGUGAUCAACAUAUCGAAAAGUGACCGAGAUGGCAUUUCUUGUUCCUCGGGGACCCCGUCUGAUCGAUGG